CCUGGACUGGGUGGGGCGACCCCCUACAAAAGCUCAGAAUUUCCAGCAGCAGCAGCUUCUUCCUCCAACAGUCUCUCCUGCAUUUGGGAUCAGAGUUGCGGACGGAAUCUUACUGGGCCCUGCCUAAGCCCCCACCCUGGGGUCAGGAAGCUUGCAGGACCAGUUCCUUCAGCCCUGAGGUUUUCCUGGACUUGCCCCAUGACAUGGCAGCCCACCUGCUUUGCAUCUGCACCCUCUUCCUGACCUCACUCGUCAUGGCUCAAGGAUCCAGAGGCCCCGUGGUACCUAACAAGCCCUUUACUACCAUCUGGAAUGCAAACACCCAGUGGUGCCUGGAGAAGCAUGGUGUGGACGUGGAUGUCAGUGUCUUUGAUGUGGUAGUCAACCCGGGGCAGACUUUCCGUGGCCCUGACAUGACAGUUUUCUACAGUUCCCAGCUGGGCACCUACCCAUACUACACACCUGCUGGGGAGCCUGUGUUUGGUGGCCUGCCCCAGAAUGCCAGCCUGGAUGCCCAUCUGGCCCACACAUUCCAGGACAUCCUGGCUGCCAUGCCUGCCCCUGAUUUCUCAGGGCUGGCAGUCAUCGACUGGGAGGCAUGGCGCCCACGCUGGGCCUUCAACUGGGAUACCAAAGACAUUUACAGACAGCGUUCACGGGCACUGGUACAGGCACAGCACCCUGACUGGCCAGCUCCCUGGGUGGAGGCAGCAGCACAGGACCAGUUCCAGGGGGCUGCACAGGCCUGGAUGGCAGGCACCCUCCAGCUCGGGUGGGCACUGCGUCCUCUUGGUCUCUGGGGCUUCUAUGGCUUCCCUGACUGCUACAAUUAUGACUUUUUAAGCCCAAACUACACUGGCCAGUGCCCACCAGGCAUCCAGGACCAGAACGACCAGCUAGGGUGGCUAUGGCGCCACAGUCGUGCCCUCUAUCCCAGUAUCUACAUGCCUGCAGCACUGGAGGGCACAGGGAAGGCACAGAUGUAUGUGCGGCACCGGGUAGGUGAGGCAUUUCGUGUGGCUGUGGCUGCCAGGGACCCCAAUCUGCCAGUGCUACCCUAUGCUCAGAUCUUCUAUGACACAACAAACUACUCUCUGCCCUUGGAUGAGCUGGAGCACAGCCUGGGGGAGAGUGCGGCCCAGGGGGCAGCAGGAGUGGUGCUUUGGGUGAGCUGGGAAAACACAAGAACCAAGGAAUCAUGCCAGGCCAUCAAGAAGUAUGUGGACACCACACUGGGGCCCUUCAUCCUGAACGUGACCAGUGGGGCUCUUCUCUGUAGUCAAGCUCUGUGUUCUGGCCAUGGCCGCUGUGUCCGCCGUCCCAGCCACCCUGAGGCUCUCCUCCUACUCAACCCUGCCAGUUUCUCCAUUCAGCUCAAGCCUGGUGGCAGGCCCCUGACCCUGCAGGGAGCCCUCUCACUUGAGGAUAGGGCACAGAUGGCUAUGGAGUUCAAAUGUCACUGCUACCAUGGCUGGCAGGGAGCAUGGUGUCAACAGCAGAGCACAUGGUGAUUGGCCACACAUUGGGUUGCACACAUCAAGCACUAAAUGCACUCUGGGCCUUGCCACAGCUUGCUUAAAUAUAGGCACAGUCAAACAAGUCGUGGUCAUAGUCAGAAAUAUACUCAGGCACUGUCCUGGGCAUAUGCCCUGCACCCAUAGAGUUGCACAGGAGUUAGAAACAUGGAUAGACACCAUCUGCUUCAUGUCCAUAUGCAUCUACAUGGCAGGGUCAAAUUCCUCCAGAGACACCGAACGAGCCUUUGAACUGCAGCAAUUACAAAAGCUAACAUUCACUGAGCACCUACUCUUUGCCAAACCCUGUGCUAAGCAUUUUAAGUAGACUAAUUCACUUAAUCCUUACACUAAAGCUAUAUGAGUAAACUGAGGUACUCGCAAGGAGGGUAAGCACUUUACUGAAGGUUGGAGAAGGGAGAAGCUGAGAUUCAAACACAAGCUGCUUGAACUCUGCCUGAGAUAGAACCCUUGUACUCCUUCUGAGUGUUUGAUAAUAACUAGCUCGGCAAGACCCCUUAAUCCGCUGACAGCACCCAUCCAGCAAAUAAAGUAGUCAUGAUUUACCUA